AAUCGCCCUUCAUUGGGAUCGACAUGAGUGAGCAGAAUAUUGUCAGCAACGAAAACAUUUAUACGUGGCUCCAAAACGCGUUGAGAAAUGAACGUCUUCAAGACAUAAAUUUUCUGAUAUGCGACCGGAACAAACCCGGAGAUGGUUAUGCCAGCGACAUCGUCUAUGUGGAUGUAGAGGCUACGAAAUAUGACGGUGACCCUCGAAGGUACCACUUUGCUAUGAAAGUGACCAAAGAAUUGAAAGGAGUCUUCAAGGAUUUCGUAGAAGGGAACAACUUGUUCGAAAAGGAAGCUUGCGUCUAUACCAAACUGGCUCCAGCGUACCAGAAACUGCUUUACACUUACCACUUCCCGCCGAUAGACUUCAUGUCCAAAUGCUACUGGGCUAAGACUGGCGAAGACUACGACGUGCUGGUAUUCGACAACCUUAAGAAAGCAGGAUACAGGCUCCACCAAAGUGACAUUCCGAUGGACGACCGCCACAUCAAGCUAGUACUGAGAGCGUACGCGAGAUGGCACUGGUUGUCGUUCGCUUUAAGGUACCACCACAAGGCAGAGUUCAAGAUUGUGGUCGACGAGCUGGCCGGUUACGAGAAGAAAGUGGAAAACAAUAUGGAAAGAUUCAAGGACGUGUUCGAGAAAUUUUGCGAAGAUCAGUACCAAGUCUUGGAGGAACACGGAGAGCACGAGCUGCUGGAAAGGUACAAGGAGAAGAUGAAGAAUAGGGCGCCCGGAAAGUGGAACGAACCUGAGCCAUGCGAGGAAGAGUGCGUCGUCAUCCAUGGCGACUGCUGGAAUAACAAUUUUCUAUUUUUUUAUGAGGCAGACCAAAUUCAGGAUCCUUCCAAAGUGUGCCUCGUGGACUUCCAGGUAUCCAAGUUGCAGUCGCCGGCUAGAGAUAUUAGCUAUUUUAUAUACUCCACUUGCUCGGAAACCGGACUGAAACGCUUCAAAGAUUACAUCCAGUUUUAUUACGGUGCAUUUGCUCGAGACCUAAAAGCGUUGGGGUGCGAUCCCGAGCUCUUGUUUCCUUUCUCGAAAUUCGUGGACCAUUGGAGACAGUACUCUUUCGAUGGGUUUCAAACCGGAGUCGGGAUAUUGAAACUUUGCUUGUCGGAUAACAAAGGUGUAGGCGAUGAUGGUUCCGUCGAUACGUUUGAUUGGAAAAUCGAAAAAAAUAAACACCAAUAUGAAGCACGGCUUAUCGCGUGUAUCAGGCACUGCGUCGAAUACCAGUUGGAGUAACGAGAAUUUAUGUUUUUAUCUCACUG